AGUAGUCACUUAGGACUCGAGUCUAAAUUUCCGACAACUCAACACCCAACACCCAAUCAGAGAUGCCCCCCAAGCCGAAACUCAAGCACCGCGACGUGGCAGAGUUCCUGAGUCGCUUGCGCAACUUCUUUCUGGGCCGCACCCACAAGACGGCCCUGCGCUUUGCCGACACCGUCUCCCCGCGGACUCAGCCGCCCCCGGCGGUUCCCCAGGGUCCUUCGGAGAACCUGAUCGCCAACUACUACUACGCCAGAGAUCCCCGGCGGUUGGUCAAGCCGGCCGUCGAUCUGGUGCAGGAGCACAAGCAAGCGCUGGCCAAAGAAGCAACCAAAGAGGCGGCCAAAGAUGCUCAGGCCAAGACUGGAGAGAUCUCGAAGGAGGGAGCUGCUCCUCCGGAAUCCGAGGAUGCCGAUGCAGAGCACUGCGAUCAAAGAGAGGACUCCGGCGUGAAGAAGCUUCCCACUCCCGGGAAGGUGCAUUCCUGGGAGGGACCUCGUUAGACGAGUUUCCCGUGUUCCUGUGUUUCCCGUGUUCCCGUUGAAAACGAAUAAAGUGUUUGACUAA